AUGGCCCACAGCCCGGGACGCAGCGAUGCAGACAGCCUCGAUACCAAAGAAAAAGCCAUCGAAGCCUUCACCCACAUCGAAAACAUCGACAGCAAGAAUGACCAAGCCAAAACCAAGGGCCUCAGUGCCGACGAUCGAGUCUGGCUUGCCAACAUGGAACCCAAAGAACAAAGCCGCAUCUACCACAAAGUCGACAAACGGGUCGUACCCAUGUUAGCUCUCCUAUACCUAAUCGCGCAUCUCGACCGCGCCAACAUCGGGAACGCCAAGAUCGAAGGCCUCGAAACAAGUCUUGGGAUGACUGGGAAUGAUUACAACAUUGCUCUGGUGGUGUUCUCCAUACCUUACGUUUUGUGCGAGGUGCCUAGCAAUAUUCUGCUGAGCAAGUUUACGAAGCCGAGCUUUUAUAUUGGGAUUCUGGUUACUUGUUGGGGGAUCAUCAUGACGAUGAGUGGAGUUACGGAGUCUUUUGCUGGAUUGCUCGUGACGAGGUUCUUGAUUGGGGUCUUUGAGUCCGGCUUCUUCCCAGGUGCGAUCUGGCUCGUAUCGGAAUGGUGCCCACCCCAAAAGACCCAAACCCGCAUGGCCUGCUUCUAUCUCGCAUCCGCCGCCUCUGGUGCCUUCUCCGGCCUGCUUGCAGCUGGUCUAGCCCAAAUGGACGGUCUCGGCGGGUACGAAGGCUGGCGAUGGAUCUUCAUCAUGGAGGGCAUCGUCUCCGUCCUCAUGGGCGCACUCUGCUUCUUCGCCCUCCCAGACUCUCCCACCACUGCCAAAUGGCUUACGCCCGACGAGACCAAGUUCCUCGAACUGUCACACAUUGCCUACCGCGGCGUGAGAACGAAGGAUAAGAAGAAUGCUGAUGGCGAGAGGAAGAGGAGAGUCAAUUGGCAGGUCAUCAAAGCUGUCGUGACAGAUUGGCAACUCUACCUACAAAGCAUCGUCUUCUGGUCCAACACUGUGCCCAACUACGGCUUGAAAUUCACCAUGCCGUCGAUCAUUCGCAACAUGGGCUUCGCGUCGACGCAAGCACAGCUCUUGACGGCACCUCCAUACGUCUGCGGUGCAAUCGCGGCUGUGGUGAGUGCGUUGGUGGCGGACAAGUUGGCCUGGCGGAUGCCGUUCAUUGUGGGACACCAACUUCUCCUGGUCAUCUCGUUCUCGGUCUUGUUCUGCUUCGCAGCGGACAUUGCGGAUAAUGUCCCGCUGUGCUACGCUAUGGUCUGUCUGGUUUGUGUCGGACUGUACCCAAUCAUUCCAGGCAACAACUCCUGGACGAUCAACAAUCUCGCAGGGGCGGGGAAGAGAGCUGCUGGGAUUGCGUUUAUGGUAAAAGCUCCAUCAUUCUUCCCUACAGCUUCAAGCCUACUAAUUCUUUCGCAGAUCAUGAUCGGCAACAGCGGCGGAUUCGCAGGCUCGUUCAUCUUCCUGGAGCGCGAGGCACCUCGCUAUGCCACUGGCUUUGGCAGCUCUUUGGGUUUCGCGACAGCUGGGAUCAUUGCCGCUUUGACGCUCGAGUUCUUGUACUGGAGCCAUAACAAGAGGCAUGAGCAUUUGACGGAGCAGGAGGCGAUUGCGAGGUAUGGCGAGGAGGAAUUGGAAAGGAUGGGAGAUAAGAGUCCGUUGUUCAAGUAUGCGCUGUGA